AUGGACAAGAGCAUGGCAUCGACCAAGCCUGAGGACUUCUCGGUGCAUUGUGCGACGAAAGAUGACAUUGCCACAGGCGAGGUCGUAGACCUUGACGAGGCCGAGAUCUUCCUCAGAGAUAACAACUUCUCGAGUGGCUAUAUCAAAGAACUCCUCGCAGACAAAAGACUGAACAGACAACUGGUGCGAAAGAUCGACCGCAUCCUGCUGCCACUGUUGGCAGGCACCUACGUCCUCCAAUAUAUUGACAAGCAGGCGCUUUCGUACUCGGCCGUCUUUGAUCUCUUCACCGAUACCGGCACCACGCAGGAUGAAUACAGCUGGCUUGCCAGCAUCUUUUACUUCGCGUACCUCGUUGCUGAGUACCCAUGGACAUUUCUGGCCCAGAAGACUCGAAUGGCCAAGGUGGUCGCAGGUUGCAUCAUCUCAUGGGGAGCCAUCCUCAUGAUUACAGCUGCUAGCCACAAUUUCACUGGCCUCGCUAUCUGUCGUUUCCUGUUGGGUGUCUUUGAAGCUCCAAUCACUCCUUGCUUCAUGCUCAUUGUCUCAAUGUGGUACACUCGGCAAGAGCAACCGUUUCGCGCGGGCGUUUUCUACUGCUGCAACGGCGUGGGAUCCAUGCUGGGUGGGAUUUUCAGCUAUGCAAUUGGUCAAAUCGAUACCUUUCCAGUAUGGAAGGCCGUCUUCUUGAUCUGUGGCGGGAUCACCGUACUCUGGGGAAUACUCGUUCUCUUCCUCCUCCCUGACACUAUCCUGUCGGCCAAAAAAUUCUCUAUCCAAGACAAAGCAGUCCUUGUCGCUCGAGGCAAGCAGAGUCGAACCGGCAUCCUCAACAGGCACGUGAAAUGGUAUCAGAUUCGUGAAGCACUUCUGGACCCACAGGUGUUGUUAUUGACGCUGUUCAUGCUGCUAAACGAAGUGAUGAACGGCGGUAUCGCGAAUUUCGGAAAACUCAUCAUUAAAGGACUCGUGCAUGAUCCGCUCAAGACCACCGCGUUGGGUAUUCCUCAAGGAGCGUUUCAGGUCUUCUGGAUCCUUUCAGGCACUUACCUUGCCUCCAAAGUCCGCAAUUUCCGGACCAUCGUCAUGGCGCUUUAUCUGAUCCCGACCAUCCUGGGAAUAUGUCUCAUCUGGAAAUUGAACCGUGACCAACACCUCGUUGGUGUCCUGUUCGGCUACUAUAUGGUCGCGUCAUAUGUCGCAUCUCUUGUCGUCGCACUGCAGAUGCCUGGCGCAAACCUCGGUGGUUACACCAAGCGAGCAACUGGAACGGCUGUUGUCUUUUUGGCUUAUUGCGCCGGCAACAUCAUAGGACCUCACGCUUUUCUGUCAGAGGAAGCCCCAACAUAUCCUACAGGUUGUAAAGUGAUCCUGGCAUGCUCAGCAACGCAAGCCGUCGUGGCUUUCGCUUUGAGAAUGCUUUUGAUCCAUCGAAACAAACAACGUGAUGCUGCUACCGUUGCCACAAAUGGUAUGGGAGUCACACAGGACGCAACCGAUGAGAUAGCCGCUGAUCUGACGGACUUCGAGAACCCGAACUUCAGAUAUGUCCUCUGA